GCGGUGGCCCUGGGCCGGCGGGGGCUGCUGCGGCUGGUGGCGCGGGGGCUGCGGGAGCUGCCCUACGCCGCCCUCGUGCUGCCUCGGGGACCUGCGCCGCCGCCGCGUCACCCGCACCCGCCGCUACCACUUCGCCGACGACGCCCGGCGCAUCUGGGCCGCCAUCCGCAGCUUCGUGAAGGGCAUCGUGCAGCACUACUACCCGUGCGACGCGGCCGUGCGAGAGGACCCCGAGCUGCAGGCCUGGGUGGGCGAGAUCUUCCACAAGGGUUUCCUCGGCCGCCGCAGCUCAGGGGUGCCGUCCCGCCUGCGCUCCGUCCCCGCCCUCGUCACCUUCCUCACCGUCAUCAUCUACAGCUGCUCCGCCCACCACGCCGCCACCAACAGCGGGCAGUUUGAGCUGGGCGCCUUCGUGCCCAACAUGCCGGCCGCCAUGCGGCGACCGCCGCCGGAGACGAAGGAGCCGCUGUCGGAGGGCGAGUUCCUGGCCGCGCUGCCCGCCAUGAACACCACCGUCCUCACCCUGGGGGUGCUCUGGGUGCUGCGCAACGAGCCCUUCGACAUGCGCCCGCUGGGCUGUUACCCCGAGCAGCAUUUCACGGAGGAAACCCCCCGACGCCUCAUCGGCGCCUUCCAGCGCCGCUUGGCCGCCAUUUCCCGCCGCAUCCGCCGCCGCAACGCCGGCCUGGCGCUGCCCUACGCCUACCUGGACCCCGCCCACAUCGAGAACAGCGUCGCCAUCUGAGGGGGGGCGGGACCCCCCCUUGGGGGGCUGGGUGCCUUUUUGGGGGGGGGUCCUGGGUGUCUGGGUGCCAUUUUGGGGGGGUC